AUGGCUUCUUCUACUAUUCAGACGGCCGAGCCCGUGAUUCAAUUGAAGGGAGCGGUUGACCCCAAGGAAAUUACUUAUGGCUACUUGAGAGACAAGGUGCCAGCUCACUGCUUUGAGCGUUCAGCAGUCAAAUCCUUCUCCUACCUCGUCCGCGAUAUCAUCUACGCUUCCGUGCUUGUAUGGCUCGCCCUCAAGAUCGAUCUCCUACCUACUCCUCUUAUGCGCGCCUGCGCAUGGGUUCUCUACACUUUCGUCCAGGGCUGCGUGGGCACCGGAAUGUGGAUUAUCGGACACGAGUGCGGACACGGUUCUUUCUCUGAGUACAGCAAGCUCAACAAUGUUGUCGGAUGGGCUGUGCACUCUCUUCUGAUGGUGCCCUUCUUCUCGUGGAAGAUUACCCACGCCAGACACCACCGUUACCACGGUCACAUUGAUAAGGAUGUUGUCUUCGUUCCUUCCACCGAGACCGAGGUCAAGGCCCAGGAGACCCAGGAGCCCACUAUGCUCAGCAAAUUCACCGAGCUGGUUGAGGAGACUCCCCUCUACCAUGCCGUUACUUUGCUCGGCCACCAGGUCCUCGGAUGGCAAUUGUACAUGUUUUUCAACGUUAGCGCUGGAAACAAGAGUCUCCCCGAGAAGGGAACUGGUGGUCCCAAGAUGUUCAGAAACAGCCACUUUGACCCCACUGGCUCCCUGUUCACCAAGGCCCAGACCCCUCUGAUCGCGAUUACCGACCUGGGUCUUCUUAUCACUGCGACCGCCCUUUACUACUUCGCUACCCAGAUUGGUUUCUGGAAGGUUGCUCUGCUUUACGUUGUGCCCUACUUCUGGGUUCACCACUGGCUCGUUGCUAUCACCUACCUGCACCACACUCACCCCACCGUCCCCCACUACGACGAGGCCAACUGGACUUUCGUCAAGGGCGCCCUGGGCACCGUUGACCGUCGCUUCGGCUUCAUCGGACGUCACUUCUUCCACGAGAUUAUUGACUACCACGUCAUUCACCACCUGUUCCCCAAGAUUCCUUUCUACCACGCUGAGGAGGCUACUGAUGCCAUUGUGCCCUACCUCGGAGACCAGUACCGUAUUGAGGAGGGUCUGUUCCUGAAGGAUCUUGUUAACACCUUCACUACCUGCAAGACCAAGUACGACCCCGACUCCAAGGGAGAGUUGCACUGGAAGUUUGCCAAGGAGAAGGGCAAGAAGCUUAACUAG